CGCGCCCGGACGCGCACGACCACAGCGCAACGCAUCGCUUGCACUUGCGCCGCGCUCGCGCUAUGUCGCCCCAUAUACGUCACAAUUAUGUGUUUGAAUAUUUGAAUUUUGUUUGUUUCAUAAGAGGCUGCAGCCCAGAAAAACGUCAGUGAUUUAAAAAUAUAUUAUUUUAAUUUGUGGUAAUUAAAAAGUAACUUUUGAAGUAGUUGGUCGAGUGUUUUUAUUAUUCAAACUUUAUAAAACGACGAUGGUGUCGGAAGGGGCUCUGCCCGUUGUAUGGUGUAUGCGCGAUAACCAACUUGUGCCUCACCAAGUUUCCGGUGUUAAGUUGCAAGGUGCUGUCACUGGAGCUCAUAUAGCCGCUGUAACAGACUUUUUACGCAUGGUAGCCGGUACGCAAAUAAUUUUACCGCCUACAGCUGUGCCUGAGAACUACGACAAUGACAUUAAUAAAGAAAAGGAAAACACAACUAGACGUCGCAAGAUGUCAAUGCAAGUGGAAGUCCCAUGUGUUUUCCUUUCUGAAAGUGCACUACUAAAAGCAAAAAGCCGACAUAAUUCAUUAGAAGAAAAGCUAAUUUUUGAAAAUUCUAGUUGUUCUACUACAAGGUAUUCGGAAUCUUAUAGUCAGUUUUCUAUAAGUAAAAAAAGCGAAGAUAAACUCGGUUCCGAUAAAGAUAUGUAUCCCCAAAGAAUAACAAGAAUAAUUGAAUUAGAUGAUUUUAAUGCAGAUUUAAUGAAUAAAAUAGAAAAAGAGCCGUUACAAAGAAUAACUAGAAUAAUCGAAUUUGAAAAUGAUAAAUUAUCUUCACCAUUAAAUCAAGAUGAAGAAAAUGAAGUGCCACAAAAAAUUACUAGAAUUAUAGAAUUUAAUGAAGACAAUUCUGUAUCUACGCUUACAAAUAGUUACGAAGAUUUUGAUAGAGAAUGUACGCAUAAACUUAAUAGAAUAGUAGAAACUGCUAAAGAUAAUAGUUUUCCUAGUAUGGCUAAAAUAAUUGAAAUGGAAAAUGAAAAAUCAAAUGAAAGGAGAUUGUCCUUAACCUAUGAACGAGAAAUUGGUUGCAGAGGAAAUGAAAAUAAUAGCGAAAAUCCUAUUGUUAAAUCUAAACCAAUGCAAAGAAGUAGAUUUAGUGUAGACUCCUCUUGCUCCGAAAACUCUUAUGCUAACAUAGAGACUAUUAAGAGUUUACAGGAUGUAAGACGGGAGGACAUUACAGAUUUCAGUACAAAUCCUGAAUCGUUAUCUACUUGUAAGCCGAUUGUUCGGUCGCGUUUUCGAAGGAAAAAAACAUCUGUUUGUUCGAUUGGCUCGUCGGACUGUGAUGAUGAGAUAGACGUUAUAUUUAAGUCGAAACCAAAAUCUAGUCAGUGGGUGAGUUUGGAUUGGAUACCACCACCACCCAAAGAAGAGCCAGUGAUUACACAAGUCUGUGAUAAAAAUGAUUUUAUAUCGAAAUGGAUAGCAGAACAGAACUCUCAUGACUCGGGCAUUGUCCCCGAAGAAAGAAGAAGAAGCCUCCCUCCAAAAUCAAAUGAAAUUUAUUUACAAAAUAUGAGAAGGUUUAGUGAUGGAUUACAGAUUUGUAAGGAAGAUGCGGCGAGCGACUCACCGGCAACAGUAAAAUGGAAAUGGCAUGAUAUUGUUAAAAGGCACCUUCAAUUAGUAAAAAACGACAAAGGCUUUAGAAGACAAAGAGGUAGCUGGAUGAGAACUGCACGCCGACUCUCAGGAACAAAUGAGAAUAACAAACAUGUCGAACUUCCACUAGAUACAUAUAUGAAACUCAACACAAUGCCAUGGUACUUCCGUAAAAUUAAGCGAAUCGAAGCUGAAAAGAAACUGCUUCUGCCGGAGAACGAACAUGGUGCUUUCCUUAUCAGAGAUUCAGAGAGCCGUCAUAAUGACUUCUCAUUGUCAGUCCGAGACGGUGAUACGGUAAAGCACUAUCGCAUCAGACAGCUAGACGAAGGGGGAUUCUUCAUUGCCAGACGCACCACCUUCCGAACUUUGCAGGAACUCGUCGAACACUAUAGUAAGGACGCGGAUGGUCUCUGCGUGUCGCUUAACAAGCCAUGUGUCCAGGUUGAGAAACCCGUCACUGAAGGGCUAUCGCAUAGAACACGUGAUCAAUGGGAGAUCGAUCGUUCUUCUCUGAAAUUUGUACGUAAACUCGGUCACGGGCAAUUUGGUGAAGUAUGGGAGGGGCUAUGGAACAACACGACACCGGUUGCCAUCAAGACGCUCAAAUCUGGUACAAUGGACCCGAAAGACUUCUUGGCAGAAGCGCAGAUAAUGAAAAAACUUCGACACAGCAAACUUAUUCAGUUAUAUGCUGUGUGCACUCUCGAAGAACCGAUUUAUAUCAUAACCGAAUUGAUGAAAAACGGCUCUCUUUCGGAAUAUUUACAAGGUAAAGGACGUGGCCUAAAGCUCCAGACGCUUAUCGAUAUGGCGGCGCAGAUCGCGGCCGGCAUGGCGUACCUCGAGUCCCAAAACUACAUCCAUCGUGAUCUUGCAGCUAGAAAUGUACUCGUGGCCGAAGCGAAUAUCGUCAAAAUUGCUGACUUCGGUCUCGCUAGGCUUAUAAAGGAGGAUGAAUACGAGGCUCGCGUGGGCGCACGAUUCCCGAUCAAGUGGACCGCGCCCGAGGCCGCGAACUAUAGCAAGUUCUCUAUCAAAUCUGACGUCUGGUCCUUCGGUAUCCUUCUCACUGAGCUCGUCACGUACGGCCGGACACCUUAUCCAGGCAUGUCGAACGCGGAGGUGCUGCACCAGGUUGAGCACGGCUACCGCAUGCCGUGCCCGCCCAACUGUCCCGCCGCGCUCUACGACAUCAUGCUCGAGUGCUGGAACAAGGACGCGCUCAAGCGGCCCACCUUCGAAACCUUGCAGUGGAAGCUCGAGGACUUCUUCACCAUGGACAACUCCGAGUACAAGGAGGCCUCGGCCUACUGAGCCAGGCCUUCCCUGCCGCCCCACCGACACGCACACGCGCAUCACACCCCUGGCCUUUAUCACAUGCCGCCGGAGCUGCAAAUGCUGCACAGCAGCGCAUCGAUGCAGCACCUGCAGAUGCACCACGCGCUGCACGCGCAUGCGCACCCGCACGCACACGCGCACGCGCACGCGCCGCUCGCGCACGCGGCCGCGCUGCCGCACGCCGCCACGCUGGGCGCGCUGCAGGCCGCCGCGCGCCCGCUGUGCGCGCGCCACCACACGCUGUACCGCGCGGCCUAGGCGCGCCCUCCGCCCUCGCCGCCCCACUCCGACCGAGCACCGACUGACCUUUGCUUCAGAAACUCAUGUAAUCGACAUCGUGAUAUGUUAACGACGUCUACACACUGACCGUAUUGUUAUUGAGCCGAUUGCGUGUGCGAUGUUCGCAUUAUACACAUUUUCAAUAUAAACAUUUUCGCGGACUCGAUACCUUGUACCCCAUUGUUGAAGUAGCCGAUAAGUUUGUAACGAUCGAUAUCGAUUCGUGGGAAAUAAAAUUGAAAGUUAUCUAAUAAUUGUAAUAUCAAAGUUGGCAAGAACGUUUAGAAGUAAGAUUCAUCAUUGAUAAAUUUUUGAAACAGUAAAUUAAUCGCUAAAAGAUUAAGGAACAUUUAAAAUGAAGUAACACUGGUAUUCAAACUGGUUAGUUUGUUCCGCGACUGUUACUCGACGCGGUGUACUCAAUUCUAUUGCUCCCGGAUCGGUAGUAAGUUUAGUUAGACUGCCUACAAUUUCUCUAAAUGUAUUUAGCGUAUGAUAGGUUAACUAACAGUUCUGUAUCGAAUAAGUCGUCGAUGGACGUUCACAGCGAAUACGAUUCCUUAGGUGAUAAAUACUGAUUAAACAAAACUUAGAACUCGUACCGCUUUUCGUAAACGAUUAAUACGUUUGAGUUCAAACAUACCCGCGUGACUUCUCGACAGCGAAAUAGUUGAUUGAGUUGACGUUCAAUGCAGUUUUGUGUCUGGAUUAGCUUCGAAUUAGUUCCACUUAGUUUCGGAAUGCGAGGGCGCCGCGGCGGCGGGACGGGCGGGACGGGCGGGACGGGCGGCACGCGCGGGUCCGCAUGUGUGCGUGAUCAGGAGGAAAUUUAGGUUCGGCAGGGAUUUUAUACUCAUGCGUUUCGCAUGACUCGUGAGGAUUUAUGUUCGAAGAGACGCAUUAUUAUCGUAUUAGGUAUUUUCACCUUCGUAUACCAUUUUUAAAUUAGAAUAAACGAUAUUGGUGAUAGAUGCCAAAUAAUCCUAUUAAAGAACUGAAUUUUAUAUAAAUACAUUAUUAACUGUUCUGAGGGUAUUUAGACUUAGGGAUUUAUUUAUGUAAUUUAUACGCAAUUAGCUGCUUCGGUACGUUUGAUUAGAGACGAGUCGUUUUAUUUAUACGCGCGAUGCUGACGUAUUAUUGAAGCGCGUGCGCAGUUUGAGUUUCCUAUCUAUUUAUCGUAACCGUACUCUUCAUAAGGACGUAAAGUCGCAUCGCGAUGCGACCCCUCGAUUGAUAUAUUAUUUGUGCCAAGACUUUUUAUUUUAAGCGAAAGUGUAAUGAUGCCACAAAUAAUAAAUAAAAACACGACAAGUGAACGUAACUUCAUAUUUAAAAUAAAAAUAAGAUAUAAUUGGCCUAAGAAAUUGAUAUUUUUGAAUAUUAGUAGGUUUUGUAUCCUAACACAUUAGAUUUAACUUAUAUUUAUACCAUCGGUAUGUAACUCGCCGAUGUCGUCUACUCAUUUGUUAAAACUGCACGUCUGUAUCGUAAUGUGCAAUAUUUAUUGUUUUGAACCCGGUGCUUAGCAUUUUUAUGUUCGGGAAACUCGAAAUGAAAUUUCCUCGGAGCUUAUUUACAUCCUCAGAACAUUUAAAUGCAAUUAUUAGUAUCGAUAUAGGCAUAAUUAUUAUAUUGACGAUUAUUCCAAUUUUUAUGUCACUGCAAAUUUUUGCAAAUUGUUUUUUUUUUUUUUGAAUUUUUUCUCGCACUUUGUAUAUAGAACAGAAUGUAGUUUUGCUUAUUAAUGGUAUAAGUGAUAUUAGAAACUUUGUAAUAAUACAAAAUACUGCCUUGUAGUUCACUUUCUUCCAACCAUUCCAAAUCAAUCGCAAUAAUUUUUAACGAAAUGUUAUUUACAAAGAAUUUCAAUAUAGAGAUAAUUAAUCAUUUUGAUAAGACAGAAAUGACGCACAUAUUAUAGAUUUCAUACAAGAAAUGGUGCCUCGAAAAUACAUUUAUAUGUCACAAUAUUUACUUUGCCAUGUUUGUUAAUAUAUCACAUGAGCGAGACGAUAUUGAGGUGUUGUAAUGAAUGAAAGAGAAGAAAUCACUUUAAUGUUUGACGAAAACGCUUUUAAAAAUAUUUUACAUGGAAAUAAUAUUGAUUUAUUGAUCGUAUUUUUAUAAAAUUAAGUUUAACCGAACUUGUCUCGCUGAUCUGAUAUAUAUAAUUCGAUUUUGGAAUUUAACUGGUAGAGUUUUAGAAUGAAAACGUAAAGGAAGCGAUCAUACAUUUAUGUAAAUUUUAUAUUCAUAAUAAACGUAACUUUUAUUCAUAAAGAAUGAUUUUAUCUUUUUAUAAUAAACCCUAAACGACUAUUUACUCUGUAUUAUUUCGUUAAUUUAUUUAGAGAACUCGGUUAAGUUAUAGCUGUAUAAAGUGCUUCGGGCUUCGCUUCUGAAGUUGCUUAGUUUGCUAUGUAGGGCAAUAAUAUAUUAUAUUCGUAUUUUACCUUUUAGUUAGUCAAUUUUAAGUGUUACAUAUGAAAUGGCGCCAUCACAAUGAUUACGGAAGUCGAGUAGGUUAGGCUAUGUGAAGAAUGAGUGUUAGCUAUAUAUUAUAUGUAGUAAUUGUUGCUGUGUUACAUGACUGCGUGGUUUUCAGUACUGUACAGCCGUAGCGAGUAAUAUGUCAGCGGUUGGACGGUGAAAUCGUAAAGUGCGACUGAUGUUAGUUGAUACUGUUCGACGCGUGAGCUGUCUUAUUACCUCCGAGUAUCAAUUAAAGCUAUUUUAAGUUUCCCUCCGGCCGGUAUUACACUGCUAAUUGAACACUAAUACUAUUUAAUUGAUUUCCUUUAUCCCCUCGUAUCCAUUUCUAGGUGUAUCAUAAUGUAUGAUUAAGAAUUGUCAGUGUAAUGCCGGUGAUGUGUGGUUAUGAUUAUAUUUCACUUAUUUGUAAAGAUUUUUUUAACACAACAAUAAAUAUAAAUGUGAAAUA